AUGAGACUAAAUGGGCCACUAACCGUUGACACGCCCAGUAAGCUCGAGGCGAUAGCAUCCAACUAUACAAGAGUAUUAAGAGCUCGUCACGUUGUGACAAACGGCGCAGAAACGCCCAACUAUGGAUCGUUCGGCAAAUCUUGGAUGAUAUGGGCACCGCUCGUCUCGAUAUCCACGGUUUUUCUGGCUUCAACUGCCUCUGCCGAGUACAGGGCCAAUCUACGUCAUGCGGUAGACACCUCAGGAGAUGAUGGCAAGGUUCAUCAAAAGGAGACUAUCGAGGAGGUCGAAGGGUCGUGGACCCAACCUUUGGCGUCCUUGUUCGGUCUGGAUGCCCCUACAGAG